AUGUCCGCGCCAGCAGAGCCAGCGAAACCAGCACCUAAGCAGAGUCAACCCAAGCCAGAGGCCAAGGGUUCUGAUGCAUCCAAACGAGGCCCUGCACCCGCCGCUACUGACGGAGCGAAGCCCGGCAAGCCAAAGAACAGUCGUCCUCGCCGACGUCCUAACAAACCGAAAGGCACCGCCACUCCCGCCCAGAAAAAGGACGACGGCGAAUCCGAGCCUGAGGGUCGAGCGGUACGGCGCACUGCCGGAACGCCUUCUGGAUCUGAGGAUGAGUCGGAAGAAGAAGAGGUCAAAUCUCCCAAGUCACCUAAUCCACCUAGGUCUCCAACUGCUGCCAAGUCCCCCAAGUCACCCAAGCAACCUGCUGCAACCAAAUCUUCCAAACCACCGCAACCUGCUAAAGCUCCUGAAGUUAAGCCUGCAGAAGCGAAACCGGAGGAGAAUAAACCUGCACAAGCCAAACCUACAGAGGAGAAUUCUCCCGAGUCAAAGCCAGCAGAGGAAGCUAAACCCGAAGCUCCUGGCGCGGGUGAUGAGAACUCCAAUGACGCUGGGCCCGACGAAGAGAAAAAAGGGAGAAAGGGCCACGGUCCCGGCUAUGUGAACAAGGAUCGGCACAAGACUGGCGGAGAGAGGGGAAAAAUGACAGCUGAAGAAUUGGCUCAAAAGAUGGAACAAAUGCGCAUUCGGAACGAAGAGAUCAAGCGAAAGCGUCAGGAAGCCGACGCGGACGCGGAGGAAUUUGAAAGGUCUAUGGCUGCCAACCGUGAAGCUGAAAAGGCUCAACGGGAAGCUGCUGCCGCUCGCAGGAAAGAACAGCUAAAGGUCCAGGCAUCAAUCGAUGACGAGCGAAAGAAGAACGCGGAGCGCAAAAUGCAGAAGUUACAGGGGAGAGAGUGGGAUGCUCAAAAGGAAGAGGCGGAUUGGAAUCACGAUAGGCCGCUCCGUGGUCGAGGCGGGUUUGAGGGUCGGGGUCGAGGCGGUCGAGGCGGCCGAGGCGGAGGGCGUGGCGGACGGGGCGGACGGGGUGGCGGAUUCAACGAUGGGAGGCCAGGCCGGCAAGGUGCUCCCAGUCCAGAGGCAACCACUCCGGCAGACCCGAAUGAUAAGACCCAGUUCCCCGACUUGCCUUCCGUCGCCGCUAAGGAGUGA